CCUAUAAAGCCCCAAUACUCCCCCUCAGCUCCUUGCACUGCAUUCAGGCUUCCAGCCCCAUCCCCACCACCUGAUCACCAACAGCCCAGGAAAAAGCCAUCUUUACCAGAACCAUCCAUCCACCUGGAACCUCUGCCAUGCAGUCUGCCGAGACCAACACCAAGCUGAACCGGGGUUGCCUGCUCCUGGCUCUGAGGCGCUACAGCGCCGCAGUUCACAACAUGGAACAGACUGUCCUCCUCCCUAGCCUCCUCCGAGAUGUGGAGUCAGACUCCGACACUGACGACGACUGUUUCCAGGACUGUCACUCUGCAGCCGAAAGCUCCCGUAAAGACCUGUAUGACUACUACCUGAUGCUGAAGGCUGUCAGGAACACAGUGGAGAGUGGUCUGGUCACGCUGGACGACCGCAAGGCCAAGAACCAGACCUACCUGGCCCAGAAUAAGACCCUGGAGCCCAUGCUGGAGGCUGACCCAGAGGCCUUGUUCCACUUCCACCUCAGGGGGCUUUUCUCUGUCAUGGGAAACCUCACCAAGAAGUCCCAGGGUGUCACAACCAAGUACAUGGACAUCAUCAGAAUAAUGAACUAGAAUAAGAAGACUCAGGUUAACCCCCAAUCGACAAAACAAGCAAUACAUUUUGGGGCUUGAACAUAAGAUGUACAACUGUCAAGCUGUUUACAUAUACUGUCAAUAACACCAAGUCGUGUGUAAAAUUGAAUAAAAGGUGCUUUUGUCGAAACUGA